UCAGCCAGGAUGAGGGUGUGGCUCUCCCGGGGAUCAGCGCGAGGGGCAGGGCGUGGGUUGAGGGGCGGGGCUUUCCCGCGUACCGGGCUGUCUGACGGUUGGGUAUCUACACUCUCUGGCCGUGUUUUCCCGUCCCCUGGAGCGCACAAGAUGGCGGCAUCGGGAUUUCUGCUCCUCCUCCUCCAGGGUUGCAGUGUGCUGGCAGUGAAAUUGAUUACUGAUAAUCCAAAUCCAGAGGUGAACGAAUAUCAGAGGGUUAAGCUCUCGUGUAUCAUUCAACACACCAGCACAAACGAACCCCGGAUUGAAUGGAAGAAGAUAAAAAAUAGCGAUGUAUCGAUUGUCUACUUGGAUAAUACAAUUCAAGGAGACCUGAAAAAUCGAGCUGAAAUAGAGUCACACAGUUCUCUGGUCAUAUUCAAUGCCAGCCGCGCAGACACUGGGAAUUACCGCUGUGAGGUGGCCGCUAUGAAUGAUGAUGAUAACAACAAGUUUUCUGAGAUUAAUAUCAACCUAACAGUGAAAGUGAAACCAGUGACUCCAAAAUGCCAAGUGCCCAAGUCCGUCCCUGUGGGCAAAUCUGCCGUUCUGCAUUGUCAGGAGAGUGAGGGCUAUCCCAAGUCUGUGUACAGCUGGUUCCGCUACAGUGAUUCUCUUCCUGCAGACUCCAAAGACAACCCAAAAUUCCUCAACUCCUCCUUCAAGCUAAAUGCAAAUACAGGUACCGUGGUUUUUUCAGUAGUAAACAAAGGCGACAUGGGGCAGUAUUACUGUAUCGCCAGCAAUGGUGCUGGCUCGGCACAGUGUGAUGCUCAGCUGCUGGAAGUGUAUGACUUGAACAUUGGUGGUAUCGUGGGAGGAAUCCUAGUGGUGGUGGUGGUGCUUGUCCUUAUCACAGUAGGCAUUUGCUGUGCCUAUCGGAAAGGUUACUUUGCCGGUAAUAGCAGACCCAAUGGACAGAGCUACAAGAAUGCAACGAAGACUGAUGGGGUGAACUACUUGCGGACAAGUGAUGAGGGAGAUUUCAGACACAAAUCCUCGUUUGUCAUCUAAAAAAAUGGCUUGGACAAGGGACUUUGAGAAAUCGACCCCAAAAUUGCACUCCAAAGGGUGAAGACCACACGUCCGUAUGGACCCUUUCAUGUUUUGCCAAAGUAUAACCAGUCUGCCCUCAGCUGGAACACGGACAGCAUCUGAUGGAAACAAGACAGAAACCUUUGUGGCUGGAUGUGACUUUGGAACCGCCGGCUAAGGGACCCAAUUUACAGUAUUAACAAGAUCACUGCCAAAUACAAGUUUUAUUUGUAAGCUGACAGAAAACCUUCAUCUGCCAGAAAUGGGAUUUCCAUACAGUGUUUUUUUUUUUAUAAAGAGGUUACAAGGAGCUUUUUAACCGAUUUUCCGCCCCCCCCCCCCCCCCCUUCUUUAAUCCAAACACCAAAGCACAAAAGGCUCCAGUACUUAAAAAAAAAAAAACAUAAAAAAACUCUAAACCUUUGUGAUGUUUUUCUGAAUGCCCUGUGAGCAGAAGAGGUUGCCCCUCUUUGCUGACUCUCUCAGGCACGGACUGGGUUAAAGGCGGUGUUAUUGAUGCUAUGACUACUUAGCAGACUAUUCUAUUUAAAUGUAAAUAGUUUUUUAUUCUGUUUUAUUUUUCUCCGGUCCCAGAUGAUAAAAAUGAUUGUAGCUGUUGGUUAAUAUUGUGGGUCCCAUCUGGAGAACCCUUACUUGGGUAAUAGACCUGCUAGGACAGAAGUGAUUAAGUACAUGGUAAUGACCUAUUCCCCUAUGAUGUAUUGAUUAUAUUUAGUGUUAGCAGUGACCUCACAGCAAGCUCUUCCUGAUAUAUUUAUGUUUUUGGGCACCAGGGUUGUGGCACAAGGUUUUUCCAGUAUUUUUUAUUCUUCCUUUGAUACGUUCAGUAUUGUUUUUAUUGCGUUAUUUUUAUACGUGUAAGUCUUGCAUUAAAGGAGUUCUGGUACAGACAGUGCAGAGGGGGAGAAUGAUACCGCAGUGAGUUAACAUGAUAGAUAUUCUGCCAGGAAAAGGAUGAGACCACUUUUUUCUUAUACAGAUGUGUCCGUACUUUUGCUUUGCUGAAAUCGCGCCAAAAACCCCUCUAUAGAGCGCAACGCCAUGUUAUCGGCUGCCCUCCAAAAAAAGCAAUGCUAAACUCAGCCACCAGGUGUCCAGUGUUCUGCCUGUAACCUGUGAGCUCUCGGAAUUUGGUAAUGUAAGAAAUUGUGAUUCCGCACAAGUCUCCUAAUAUGUCCUAGGAUACACUAUAACUGAGAAUAAAAGGAUACUAUCUAAGAAUAGAUUGAUUAAUAUCGCUUGGUGGUGCGCCCUGAUCCAGUAAUAAACAUUGUUAAGUAAAGGGGGUCGAGAAAAAGAGGGCUCUUGUGUAACUAAUAACGUUUCAUAAAUUAGAAUACAAAUACGAUCUAUUGGGCCUCCAUAUGAUGCAACUCUAACAGCAGUAUCACCACUUUCCUUUCUAUUUUAAUUUUAGUCUGUAACAGCACAGCAAUCAGUACUUAUAUUAUUAAGAGGACCUGUAUGCAUAGAGAUAUUCUUUUACGCAGGACCCCCCCACAUAAAUUUGGAGUGAGGCUACUCGAGGUGUUCUGACCAUUUGUGGUAGCGAUAUGUCUCCUACUGACCUGUGAUGGUCUUAUUAAUACAGAUUUAUCUGUACUGGUCAAAGGGAAACAGAUGCAGUACUUACUGAUUGUGUCUACAUCUCUUUCAAUGUAUCCAACUAAACGUCAAAGAUCAGAACAUUUGUUAUUUCUAAACCUCUUUGAGUCUGUUCCUUCAUUACCGUGUCAGUGUGGUGGAUUAUUAAUAAAAUUACUAUUUUACCUGUAUUCUAAUUUAUGAAACAGUAGUAGUAGUUAAGAGUGCGCCCACACAAGAGCCUUCUUUUUCUCUACCUCCCCCCCCCCCCCCCUCCCCCACACACACACACACACACACACACACACACACACACACACACACACACACACACACUUUUAACUUAACACAGUUCUCGGAAUUUGCCAGUUCUCCCAAAAGAUUCCUGUUUGUGAAUAUUUGCAAAAACCAAAAAAAAAACCAUUUGCUAAAAAUUAACAAAAAUAAACCCAGCACAGAUAUUAAAGACUAGUCAAAAUUGCGGUUUGUUAAUAAGACUGUCAAUGUGGUUUAAAGGGGGUCUGAUCAGCAUACCAGCGGUCAAGGUGCUGGCAGUCGAAAUACCAACCCGGAGAUCCCAUCAUGGAUCUCAAUGCUGGCAUCCCAAUCGUAAGUAUGAGGGGACGGAUUAAGUUCAGGGGGGGCUUAAAUUUAGGCUGCCAGGAGGGAGUGUUAGGUUUGUGCACGAAGUGUGUGUGUGUGGGGGGGGGGGGUUAGGCACUAAGGUAGGAGAGUUAGGCUGCAGGGACGGAUGGUUAUGGUUAGGCACUACCAGGGAAGGUUAGGGUCAGGCUGCGGGAAGGGCAGCUUAGGGUUAGAACACUUACCUUACAGGUGUCGGGAUGCCGCUGUCUGUAGUCUGACCGCCAGCAUUACAAGUGCCGAUAUCCCGAUACGAUCGCGUUAAAAGUGGAAGAUGAAGUUGUACAUAUACAACAAUCUAUGACUUGUAGCAAACAACUAAUAUUUCUGUUUGUUAAUCUGUUAUUUUUUUAUUUUGCAAAAUUGUUUUGCUACUUUUUUUUGUUAAUUUUCUACUUAUGUUUUGUGAUUUUACUGCGAUAUGGUAUAUUUGGCGGAGUGCACCAUCUCACACUACUGUGUUGAAUGUCAUGCGGAGGGCAAAGUUAAGUAAGGACACAUCUGUACACCUAGAAUAGAAUUUUGGGGGGGUGGGGGGGGGGGAUUCAGUAAAAUGCUGUGUGCUGUUUCGGAACUGCAUAUCGCGUCCAGCAACAUCAUACCGUUAGGUGUGUGCUGGAAGCUUUGUGAUGUUGCAGGUACCGUAUAUGGCAGGUACUGUAUGUGCCCAUCUGAUCAUCACGACACAUCCUCUGAAUUGAAUUGCCCCCUUUGAUUCUUUUCACUCUUCCAGUGGAUGAGAGCCAGUAACGGAGACGGUUACCAUGCAACGCUUGUUUUCAGGAAAGAGACAUCAUUCAAAAACGGCACCAUAUGGAAUUGACAAUCCAUUUUUUUUUGUUGUUGUUAAAAAUAGAACAGUGCGACCCCUAGUGGACACCAGGCAAAUGUCAAAAGGCAAUGUGGGAUUAGUUGCUAUUGUAAGUUAGUAACCGUUUGAUUCUAGAUUCUCAAAUGUCAAGGCAAGUUGCGGAGUUUGUGAUUUUUACUGUGAAAUGUUACUUUAUAACCAAUACAGUUUAACUACAGAAAUGCAAAA